AUGUUUGUGCAAUUCAUUUAUGUCCUCCACGGUGUCACGCUUCAGAGAGUCUUGACCAUUCGUGACCUUGGAGUCCUCCUCACCUCUACACUGGACUUUGGCGAGCACAUCCAGGGCAUUGUCAACAAGGCAACCACCAUCUUCGGCUUCAUCAACCGAACUUGCCGUCAGGGACUUUCUGCAGCUACACCCAGAGCCCUAUAUACUGCUCUUGUUAGACCAGUCCUUCAGUACUCUAGUGUGGUAUGGUCUCCCUACCAGGUCGGUCACAUAUCUUCACUUGAAUCGGUGCAAAGGCGAGUCCUUAGAACCAUUGGGGUGAAGAUCGGGUACCAGUACUUAGAGGUUGACCUGGAGGUAAUAACUUGCUCCAUCUCCCACCUCUAUCAGCUCGUAGAACCAUCAUUUAUUCGGUUUUCCUGUAUAAGAUCCUGA